AUGACUGAAAAUCUACGCAAGACCUGUCGCGACCCUGCAGCAGAGGAGUGGUCACAGUGGAGUGUGUGCUCGCUCACAUGUGGCCAAGGCUGGCAAGUGAGGACACGAUCUUGCGUCUCCUCACCUUAUGGGACACUGUGCAGCGGUGCCCUGAGGGAAACGCGCAUGUGCAACAACACCGCUUCCUGUCCAGGUGAACCUGGCAUCACUGGCUCAGUGCAUGGGCUGUGGGACGAGUGGUCGUCAUGGAGUCUGUGCUCCGUGACCUGCGGGCGAGGCUCUAGGACACGAACCAGGAAGUGUGUGAACGGAGGGGUGGCUGUGAUUUGCGGACGGCCCGAGAUUCAAACCAAACUCUGCAACAUAGCAGUGUGCCCUGUGGAGGGCCGGUGGCUGGAGUGGGGGCCGUGGUCGAAGUGCAGCGUGACCUGUGACGUGGGAACGCAGCUGAGACAGCGGCGCUGCAGCGCGUCGGUGCACGGCUGGGCUGAAUGCAAGGGCCCCCACCAGGAGAGCAGAGAGUGCACCAACCCUUCGUGUAGUGGUGGAGGCAGCUGGGGCAGCUGGAACCACUGGAGUCUCUGUAGCAAGACGUGUGACUCCGGUUGGCAGCGUCGCUUCCGGUUGUGUGAGAGCACCGAUACGCAGGGAUAUCCUUGCGAUGGCUCCGGAGAGGAGGUCCGGUCCUGUAAUGAGAAGAAGUGCCCAGCUCCUCAUGAGAUCUGUAAAGAUGAACAUCUCCUGUCUAUGUCAUGGAAAAGAGCCUCAGCUGGAGAAACACUGUAUUAAAUGCUUGUAUCUCUCUCAUUUCUCCUAGGGUCUGCUAGUCGUCGUUGCAUGCUGGACAAUAAUGGAGUUGCUUUCUGGGGUCCUCCGAGCUUCGCCAGAUGCGUCUCACUUGAAUAUAGAUAUUUACACAUAUCUUUACGAGAGCAUCUCGCGAAGGGUCAGAGGACCCUGGCCGGGGAGGGCAUGUCUCAGAUCGUAAGGAGUCUCCUGGAGCUGUUGCAGAGGAGGAGCUACUACAGUGGCGACCUUCUCUUUUCCACGGAGAUCCUGCGAAAUGUGACGGACACCUUCAAAAGAGCAACCUACAUCCCAGCUCCCGACGACGUGCAGAAAUUCUUCCAGAUAGUCAGUCACAUGUUGGACAUGGAAAAUCUGGAGAAAUGGGAGGAUGCUCACCAGGUCGCUCCCGGUGCCGCUUUGCUGAUGAGGAUAUUAGAGGAUUUCAUUCACCUCAUUGGAGAAGCCCAGAAGCCUUUUCAGAGUUUUCUAAUGGUUACAAACAACAUCAUGAUAACCAUCCAACGAGAACCAGUGUCAGCUGUUUCCAGUGAUAUAAACUUCCCCAUGAAGGGCCGGAGAGGGAUGAAGGACUGGGCCCGAACAGCAGAGGACAGGCUCUACAUCCCUAAAGAGGUCUUCACUGUCCCACCAGAGGAAGGAGAAACAGAGGCGGACUCUGAAGCUACGAUGUACUAUGUUAUCGGAGCCGUCUUGUACCGGACGUUGGGCGUCAUCUUGCCUGUGCCAAAUCCCCCUGCAGUGAUCAACUCAAAGAUCCUGACAGUGACUGUGCGACCAGAACUGCAACCCAGCGAGCCCAUGGUGGUGGUGGAGCUGUCACCGCUUUUGAACGGUACAUCAGAUCCUCAGUGCGUUGUCUGGGACUAUGGCAACCCGGAAGCUGGCGCGGAAAACUGGGGCACAGAAGGCUGCCAAACGCUCGCGUCAACCACUGUCCAAACCAAAUGCUUGUGCAGCAGGAUAUCCACCUACGCCGUGUUAGCACAGCAAGCUAAAGACCCGGACAUGGGUCCUUCAAGUAUACCCUCUGUACCCCUCAUGGUGGGCUGUGGAGUUUCCUGCACCGCUCUGCUCAUCCUGCUGCUAAUCUACGCUGCCUUUUGGAGGUAUAUCCGUUCAGAGAGGUCCAUCAUCUUGGUGAAUUUCUGCCUCUCCAUCCUGGCCUCCAAUUUGUUGAUUUUGGUGGGACAAUCUCAAACACUCAGCAAGGGCCUUUGUACUGUGACUGCUGCCUUCCUGCAUUUCUUCUUCUUGGCGUCGUUCUGUUGGGUGCUGACAGAAGCGUGGCAGUCCUAUUUGGCCGUCAUCGGCAAAUUGAGAUCGCGGCUCAUCCGCAAGCGUUUUCUGUGCCUCGGCUGGGGUCUUCCAGCUCUCGUCGUAGCCGUGUCGGUGGGUUUCACCAGAGCAAGAGGUUACGGCACAGCCAGCUACUGCUGGUUAUCCUUAGAGGGCGGUCUGCUUUAUGCCUUCGUUGGGCCUGCUGCAGUCAUUGUGUUGGUGAGUCUGCCCAACAUAACUUCUCUUCACUCUACAGUGGCACCACCCCCUGGUGUUGUUGCUGAGGCCCCACUCUAA